GGCGCGCGGAGCGGCGCAGCGCGAGACCGCUCUCUCGCGGCCUUGGCGCCGCACCCGGAAGUCGCGGCCGCCGUGGAGGGGGCGGCGGCGGCGGCGGCACCGCCGGGUGGGAUGGGGGAAGCCAUCCCGCUGGGCGCGCCGGUGCCGGUGGAGCAGGCUGUACUGGAGACCUUCUUCUCCCACCUGGGCAUCUUCUCCUACGACAAGGCAAAGGACAAUGUGGAGAAGGAGCGAGAGGCCAAUAAGAGCGCUGGGGCCAGCUGGCUGGCCCUGCUGGCCGGGCUGGCGCACCUGGCCGCUGCCGAGAAGGCCUACCACAGCAUGACCUUCCUGGGCCAGAAGCUAGGUGGUCAGUCAUUCUUCAGCCGAAAGGACUCCAUCCGAACCAUCUACACAUCUCUGCAUAAUGAGUUGAAGAAGGUGGUGGCGACGGGUCGCAAUGCACUAGGAGGAACAGCUCCUCACUUGGAAGAGCUGCUUUCUCACCUGUCUGAACAGCUCUGUUUUUUUGUUCAGGCUCGGAUGGAAAUUGCUGACUUCUAUGAAAAAAUGUACACGCUCAGCACCCAAAAGUUCAUUAACUCUGAGGAACUGGUAAACAUUUUGGAAACCAUCUUAAAGAAAUACAGCUCAAGAUUUCAUCAUCCAAUCCUCAGUCCUCUUGAAAGCAGUUUCCAGCUGGAAGUAGAUGUGCUUGCACAUCUCUUAAAGGCUCAGGCUCAGAUCUCAGAGUGGAAGUUCCUUCCAUCCCUGGUCAACCUGCACAGUGCUCACACAAAACUACAGACUUGGGGCCAGAUUUUUGAGAAACAGCGAGAAACCAAGAAACAUCUGUUUGGAGGGCAGUCUCAGAAAGCUGUGCAGCCUCCACAUCUCUUCCUCUGGCUGAUGAAACUCAAAAACAUUCUCCUUGCCAAGUUUAGCUUUUACUUUCACGAGGCCCUGAGUCGACAGACAACAGCAUCUGAAAUGAAAGCUUUGACUGCUAAAACCAAUCCUGAUUACUUUGGGAAAAUUUCCAGCUUCAUCCGGAAGUAUGAUGCCGUCAAUGUUUCCUUAAUUUUUGACAAUCGUGGCUCAGAGAGUUUUCAGGGACAUGGUUAUCAUCAUCCCCAUUCUUAUAGGGAAGCCCCCAAAGGAGUGGAUCAGUACCCUGCUGUGGUGUCUCUGCCUAGUGACAGGCCUGUUAUGCACUGGCCCAAUGUAAUUAUGAUUAUGACUGAUAGAACCUCUGACCUCAACAGUUUGGAGAAGGUUGUUCACUUCUAUGAUGACAAAGUCCAAAGCACAUACUUUCUGACUCGCCCUGAACCUCACUUUACCAUUGUAGUUAUUUUUGAGUCCAAGAAGUCAGAAAGGGACUAUCAUUUUAUUUCUUUUCUCAAUGAAAUUUCACAUUCCCUUAAGAACUCCAAAGCUUUUGCAAGCUUGAAGCCUGGAUCCAAAGGGUAAAACACAAACUACUGGUUGUCAAGGCAGUACGACAACCUUGGGGGAUCUAUAGCUUUCAAGGAUUACAUAAUGAUAAAUUCAUGGUUCUCAGAGUCUAAAUAAAAAGGAACCAUUAUUUUUAAUGUACUAAAUUCCCUCUUUUUUAAAAAUCACACACUUGAAGGAAAGCAUUUUGGGGCAAUACUUACUGAGGUAACCAAAUUAUGGGGUAUUAAUGGCCAUAGUAGGAUUUUUGGUGUGGUUUUCUAUUUUCAUUAUGAUUUUUUUUUCCAAAGUCCACAACUUUAUUGCCUGUAUCAGAAAGGAAUUAUGAGCACUUUAUCUGAUUGUGCACUGUCUUCUAUGAGUUUAUUGAAAAUGUGGUGAGGAUGGAAGAUGCUAUCUUUUCAGAAAACUGUGUUGUCUGACAGGAAUGAUUUUCUGGGAACUAAACACUGAUAAAAGGGAAUAUUAAAAAAAAAAAAAGUGAGCCUACAGGGACACAUUUUAAAUGAAAAGGCGAGAAUCACAGAAGGCACUGUUGUUGAUGGCAACUUAGUUUUCAAAUUAUCUGAAGUGCUGAUUUAGGUCUCCAACACUCUGUUAAGCACCAAUCUAUUCUGAACAUUCAGUGUCAGAAAUCUUUGUCGUUGGUCCAGAGCGUAGGCUGGGCAAGAGAAGCUGGAAGGCCAGUCAGCAUUCACUGGAGCAUUGUGACAUUGUGUGCCCAGUAACAGUCUUGGCUCAGAUUAAUUGAAGGAGAUAAGCUGUGGUAGAUCAGGUAUUCUAAAAGGAACACUUCCAGGGGAAAAAAAAACCAGUAAAGUUCUUUCCAUGUUGUGCUUUUGGCUAACUUCAAAAAACAAACCAACCGACCAAACCAAAUGCUCUUUGCAAAUGAGUUAUUUUCUGAUUUGUUGUCAAUUUGAAUUUGUCUUUAGAUACUUGUAAGCAUCUUUCUCUUUUCAGUUUUAAAUAAUUUCACAACUGAGCCAAAACACUUGAAAUUUGGAUUUAAAUAUAUAUAACCUAUGCAGUACAUUUACCUCAUUCUAAAAUGUCUCUUUCACUGUUUAGCUCUAGGCUGCAGGUUUGGAAAAUAGUGUUUUCUAAUGAUUCUGAAAGAGUUUUAUUUUGGAAAUCAGUUUUUCCAAAUACAAUAAGAAUCAAUUUGGCUGUACCUGUAGCCUUACAUUGAAUGAUUCUUCAGACUGUUACCUAUACUUUUGUGCAAGCACUUUCAUGGGAAUCCAGGAGGACUGAAAAGGCUCUGCUGUAUGAUGUAAGUGUAGUAAAGUUAGAUCUUUAGCUGACACUCUGUCAUGUAUAGCAUCAGCAAUUGUUUUUUAAGGGAGUUAAAAUGUUGGUUUCUGUUAGGUCUGAAAUACAAAAGGUGCCACUGCAGACAUAGCUUUUACUGAUUUCCUUCCUCUCUUGCCUUUCCUCUUGCUGCAAGUACCGAUUUAUUUAUAAUCACAUAAGCAUGAUCUGUUCUCAAAAUGUGAGUGCUGACUUUCCACUUGGAGCCAAAUAGAGUCUUCUAUGCCUUGCUCUGUGUGUUAGUCUGCUGUGAAUAGCUGUGCUACUGCCUUUUACCUAAAUUCUUAGUCUAUCACUCACCAUUUUAGACUGCAAUUUAUCAUUGGAAAAGAAUAGGAUUUGCAAGCAUAGAGGCACUAUUGGCACCUGGUAACAGUGUGGCACUUUGUGCUUGGAUCGCCCUUCUAACAGGUCUAAGUUGUGAAGGAUAUUAUUGAGCAAGUUUGUGUGCUUCCUUCUGUGAAACAGUGACCUUAUAAUAAUUGUACUCUUCACUUCCCCAGCCAGAGUAACAGAAAACAGCCUGUUACCAGAACAGAUUUCAGUCGUCUUCAGCAGCAUAAUAAAGUGUUGCAUGAAUUGUGUCUGCCUCUGCAGUAUUUCCCUCCCAUACUAGCUAUCUGUGGGAAAGGGAAGAGAAGGCUCUGGGAAGAAACCACCUGUGGUACAGACGUCCUCGUUUGCAAGUUGCAGGGGGUGUGUUGGGAGAGGUGAAAAAAAUCUGCUGUGCUUUAAAGCAGACCAGCAGCUAUUGCCAGUUGCAGAAAUGUCUGGAGGCUGUUCAGUGUUUUUUGUGGGGAGAGGGAAAGGAGCAGACCUGAUGGUUCACUUAUCAGUGCUGGGGUGUUUCACUGCAGUUUUCUUCAGAUCUUGGACCAAGUGGCCAGAGGAGCCAUCCAACUUUUGUAAGAAUUCCUGAAUAUUUAGGUUGAUGAAGAACCAAAGAGAGAUGUAAUCAUCACUUUUGGAGUGUGAGAAGAGUGGGAGAGAACUGAUUGCUGGAUGAAGAAUCUUGUGAAUCUGUCUCUGGGUUUGAGAGUCCUGUCCCUGAGGCUCUCCUUGUAAGAUCUUGGCCUUAAAGUGGGGAGCAGAAAAUCUGGGCCAUAGGAAGUAGCUUGGAUGGAAACUGACCAAAACUUCACUGAGUAUAUGGGGUGUGAGUAUAUGAAUGAAUAUUUAUGGAUAUGUUAGCCCCAUGCAGACUUAAGGCAUGCUUACUUACUUGAUUCUUUGAGGAGUUUGUUUUAAAUGACAGAUGAGGUAAUGGGGAAGACUGAGUUAUCUGUGGUGUAAAAUUGGCUGCAUCGGUAAUUAAAACUUGCGUAAUAAAGGAGGGCAGUAUCUGUGCAGCAGGUAAAGGUGACCAGAAACUCAGUAACUGGAUACUCAUUACUAACUUGAGUACUGGAAGUACUGUUUGGGCUCUUUACUAUAAGAACUGGUGAACAAAUGUGGUUUUGCCGAGGUGGAUGGUAUCCUGUCUGCCACUUUUUCCUCUCCACCAAUUUAGCUAAGCAAGGUACUUUAGAACUAGACUCGUGUAAACUGACUGCUUUAAAUGCAAGAUGUAAAGAUAUUUAUGAUAACAUAAUGAAAGCAGCACUUCCAGACAUAUUUUAAAGUGUUUUAAAACAGUUUCUGAGACUUAAUAUUCUUGGUGCCACUCAGAUUGCUGAGAAUAGCAGCGUGGAAGCUUAUCUUGUGGCACAUUUCAUAUACCUCAUCACCUGCUUGAGUCCAUGAGGGUUUUGGCAGAACAUUUAAUUUAGUAUCCUCUGCCUGAAAUGUGAGCUUGACAGCAGAUGUAUUCUCAGAUCUCUUACAUAUUUUAUAUUUAUGUCUUGUAAGCUGUUUUCUUUUACAUGCAAUGUUCAUGUUGUUGUGGGUUUUUUUUUCCUUGAAUAAAAUAUCUUCCCUUUUCCUCCUCCCUUUGCAUGAAGACAGUGAAGGGAAUGGAAACAGUGUAUUUUGUGUUGUGCUGCAAAGGACUGCAAUACAUGCAUAAUGUACGUGAUAUUCUGGGUUUAAUCUAAAAGGAACAUAAAUUCCUAGUAUAAAUACUAACAGUGUUUAUCUGGUUUACUUAAAAAAGAGAUCUGAGCUUUAGGCAGAAAUAAUGUUAUGGCACUCCCCAGCUGAUUAUUGCUCUGGUCCACUCUUACUCGUAUACAAGCCUUUUGAGACACUUGUGGUUAUUCUUUGUUUGCUAUCAGUUAACUGAGGCUUAUUUGCAUAUGCCUCUAUGAAGCCUGUUGCCUCUUACUGCACUGGGUCUCAAUGUUCUCAUAACCAAGCUUUGCUUAAGAAAAUUGGCAGUGUGUUUGUGCUUCAUUCCUCAAUUCAUGUAUCUUAUCCUAAUGUCUACAACUCUUCAUCUUGCAGUAAGAAGAGUGUUGCACGCUGUAGCUGGUCCUGGGUUUGCAGUUAGCUCUGAUUGCUUCCAGAAAUGCUGGCACUAAGCUAAGUAGCUUGGUUGUAAUUUUGGAUUUUCUCCAGGAGUCUCCUUUUCAGACUCCCAGAGAUAUAAGCCAGCCCUGCAUGGGUGGUUACAGCAAAAGCCAACUGGUGCUUGCUUGUUCAGGGUCUGCCUGAGCCUCAAGAGUGAUGAGGGUGUCUGGUCGACUGGGGACAAGUGCUGUGCUGCUCAGCAGGGAUGGCUUUUGGGCUAUGAUUGUGCAAAGGCAGGAGCUGUUACAAGAAAUGAGAAUGCUGACAAAGAACAGCAAUAGCUUAAUGCUUCACAGAGCAGGCACAAAAAAUAAGUCAAAUGCAAGACCAAAUUGGACUUUGAUUUCCUUUUCUUGUUAGUGAAGAACUGAUUUAAAGAUAAAGCCUCCUUUGUUUGUAAUGGAUUCUUUUGCCAUGAAAUUAAGUACUUGACCAUUUUGCUCCACUAACUGCUUCUUUCCCCCUGUGUGCAUGUUUUCCACACAUAGCCUGGCUUACUUCGGUAAUUGCUAUGGAAGUUCUCUGGGAGAGUUUACCUGCUGGAGUUCAGAUCUCUCCUAACUUUCAACCUGGCAUUGCAGCAGCUGGGGUUGUGGUAGAAUAGCAGAGCUCUCUGCCUUGCAGCUGGGACCUGACCAUGCCCUACCUGUACAUGUCAGUGGUAAGAACAGCAAAGUGCAGGAGGAAAGGCAAGUCACUACAAGAUGAACUGGGGCAGAUGACAGCUCUGGGAAAGACAAGCAGAGGUGAAUUUGGCAGAGAACAACUGCAAUGCAGACAGACUAUGAGGAGAAGGUUUUUGUUGGCCCCUCUGCAUUGCUGCCCUAAUUUGACAGGAAUCUAUAUAAAUGUUACAUCCUGCAAAAGCUGUGCAAGACUUCCUGUGGUUGCAGCUGCUAGUUUUCCAGAAUGGCUGUGCUCAGUCCUUAGGUACCAACAACCUAGAAGAGUCUGAUGCUCACUCAAGCAUUUACUUAGUAAAAUGUCAGACUCAGGUUCAACAUCUUUGACCCAAGUCAGCACCUGCCUGCUAUGCAUGUUUAUACAGAUGUUCAGCAGAACCUCCAUGUAUUUCCCUGCUCCUUCAGGAGAGGAGAAGGUUUCCCUUCCCUGACCCUGGAACAUUCUCUUGGCAAAUUGGGGAUGAGAGAUUGUGAACUGCCUGAAUUGAAACUCACUGAUUUUUUUGGUGAGUGCAGUCAUCGCUGGGCUACUGUGUGGACCAUGGACAGUAAAAGAACUGCUUUCAGCAGGAUGAGUGGUGUCUACUGCAGCCUGGGGUUACUUAUCCCCCUAGUGCACUUGCUGGAUCUGCAUCUUUCGGAACUGGGCAUGAUGCUGACAUACUAAAAAUCAAGGAAUGCUGGUAAAAGGGCUUUACAGACCAGAUGCACGUUUUAAGGGUGUCUGUGGCAAACCAUAAACCACCAAACUCUGUAGAAAUGUUUGUUUACAGUAGUCAGUUGAUAAUCUGCAAACCUUAACAAUGGCUACUGUAGAAGUGUCUGCAGUGACUUGUUGGAGAUCUGUGAUAUGUAAUCUUGUAAAGGCCCAGGCCUGCAGUGACUAAGGAAAGCAGGAAGGAGAUAAAGGAGAAGCAGAGAUAUCCUGACAUCAGCAAUAAAGAAGGAUCUGCUGAUCAAAGAUUAAAAAGACCCUGUAAGGAAGACUGUGUGGAGUGUUAAUCACAGAUAACCAUUCCAAGACCACCAGGGUGGGUUGGAACUGGGGCAGAUAAUGGAAAAAUACCUAUGUUAAUGAACUCCAAGAAAUAAUUGUAAUAACCCUACCUCUUACUAUGAAUAUGCAUGCUCUUGUAACAUAAACUGUGGCUUGUGCCAGCAUGGGGUGUGCAGGAUCGAUGGAGCGCUCCUGCCUGCACCCAGCGCUGUAAUAAAAUACACCUACUUCAUAA